GUCACACUCGAAGGUGGGCGCAUUCCAUAUAUCUGGCCGCAUGAGAAACUGGGGAUAGGCACACAGUGCUGUGGCUUGACGAGCAACUUCUAUUUAGCCUUCCUAAGAUCGAAUGUAAGCCCGAAGCUCAGGCUAUGUAACAGUAGCUUGGUCGAUUUGAUAGCGUGGAGGUCAAUAGUACUUUUAUCAUCAGGCUACAUGGACAAUGAUAGAAGUCAAUAUUUAUUACACAAAUUUAAUGAACUACAUAUUCAG